CAUGUGAUGCAAGGAGUGACGAGGAGUCCCGGACUCGAAUGCCAGACCUCCUUUCUCCUACUUAUAAAACGGAAACCCACACAUAGUUUAGUUGCUGCAUCCCAGGCUCUCCACGUCCCCGCGCACCGCGAAAAAAAAAAAAAACUACGAUAACUGAAGCCAUGGACUUGGCAAAUCCAAAUCCAAAUCCACAAGUGGCACUAUUUGCAAGCCCUGGAAUGGGCCACCUCAUCCCUUUGGUAGCUCUCUCCGAGCGCUUGUUCUCCCUGCACGGCUUCCACUCCACCAUCUUCGUCGCCUCAACUGAAGCCUCUACUACCACUGUCCUUCAUUCCCUACACCUCCCCUCCGCCAUCCGCAUCGUCCACCUCUCGCCGCCCGACAUCUCAGCCUUCGUUACUGCUCAAACAGCGGUCGUCUCCCGUGUCAGUAUCACUGUUAGAGAAUCAAUGCCAGCCUUCAGAGAUGCUCUUGCUGCCAUGUCACCGAAGCCCUCUGUGUUGAUCGUCGAAAUGUUCGGAACCUACACUUUCCCCAUAGCAGAAGAGCAAGGCAUCCCCAAAUACGUAUACAUCCCUACCACGGCAGCGUUCUUGGCGUUGACGGUGUACCUGCCGACUCUGCACAAGGAGAUAGAGGGCGAGUACGUAGACAUGCAGGAGCCGAUUUACAUCCCGAGUUGCAGGCCGAUUCGGGUGGAGGACCUAGUUGACCCCAUGAUGGACCGAAAGGACGACCAAUAUGAGAACUAUGUAUAUAUGGGGAACACGUUGCCCUUGGCAGAUGCGAUAAUGAUAAAUACGUGGGAGGACUUAGAGCCAACAACACUCAGAGCCAUCCGAGAGGAUCCCCUCCUACGUCGGAUCAUGCCGCUGCCGGUUUAUCCGGUGGGCCCAAUAGUGAGGUCAUCCGGCGAGAAAUCACGUGCAGAGUGUAUGGCGUGGCUGGAUGAACAACCCAUGGAGUCGGUGAUUUACGUAUCGUUGGGGAGCGGCGGAACGCUGUCGGAGGAACAACUCACUGAGUUUGCUUUUGGCUUGGAGCUGAGUGGGAAACGAUUUCCCUGGGUGGUGCGUCCGCCGACUGGGAAGGACGGGGCUUUCUUCAAAGCUGGGAGAGAUGGCGGAGAUGGAGGUGAUGGGCUGUCAAGGUACUUACCGGACGGGUUCUUGACACGGACCCGAGGGGUGGGAUUGGUUGUCCCUUUGUGGGCCCCACAGUUAGAGGUGUUGAGCCAUCCGUCGAUUGGAGGGUUCUUAUCACACUGUGGAUGGAACUCGACGCUGGAAAGCAUGGUCAAUGGAGUGCCGAUGAUAGCGUGGCCGCUAUACUCGGAGCAGAAGAUGAAUGCGGCGAUUCUGGAAGAGGAAGUAGGGGUAGCUGUGAGGACGAAAGAGUUGCCGACUAAGAGGGUGGUGGGAAGGGAAGAGAUAGAGAAGCUGGUGAGGUUGGUGAUGGAAAAGGAAGGGGAAGCAAUGAGGAGAAGGAUGAAGGAAGUGAAGGAGAGUGGGUUGAGAGCGGUGGGUGACGGUGGGUCAUCUUGGGAUUGGCUCUCUCAUGUUGCGCAGCAGUGGAAGAUUGGUUAUUUGCAUGCUAAAGAAAAGGCAGGGAAGAGGAGACAGGAAGGAGAGAUCGAUGCAACUCGUGAGCUAGUGGUCAUGAACUGUUAAGACUUGAUGGAUUUCUUCUUUGAAUUGCCUCGUUGUAAUACAGUGAUAUGGAAACAUUGUGUUAGUUAUGGAGAUUAAAAAAAAAAAGGAACAGUUGUGUACGUGGUAUACACUUAGCCGGAUAAAACUUUCCGGCUCCCCGUACGAGGCACUGCCCCAGUUGGGAAAAAUAAACAUCAGUACAUUUUCAUUGUGUUUA